AUGUACGUAGUAAUCAACACAGAUCCAGGUGAUACACUCAACGAACUUAUGGCCUUUAUGACUCAAAAAACAAUCACAUUCUCUGUUACGGAUUGUCUUGCAAAGCUACAUGAUCGACCCGAUAAAUGGAAGGAAGUAGGAACACAAACAGAAGAAGAUGAUCGUUUUUAUUCUCCUCCAAGCAAAAAGUCCAAAUUGAGCAACGGAGAUAAUACAGAUUGUGUUUCUCCAUGCUCUUCAGCUACUCCCUCGGAAUCAGUUGAUUUGGGAAUCGUCAUAAAAACAAAUGGAAAUGGAAAUAAUAAUUGGGAUGAAGAAGAAUCGAAAGUGCUCCGAGGACUCAUCAAGACUGAAAAUGAUCGAUCGUCAGGAUCACUUCGAGAAGAGCCAGAAGAAGAUACUUCUGUUGAAGAUGUGAUGAAUUCUGAAUUGAUACAGACCCAAUUGAUGCAAGCGUUGUUCUCAAAGAGUCAGAAUGGUGUGAUCAACGGUUUCUCCGGAUUAGAAGAUGAGGAGAGUCUUGAUGGUAAAUCAGGAUUAUUAUCAGAUUUCCAAGAACAAUUUCGAAUGGAUGGAUCACCUGCCUCGGCAAUUCGAUAUAAACCAGCAUAUGCAUCAACAAAAAGAGGAGUUUGUCAUGUCUGUAAUCGAGAAGUUUCAUUAAUUACAACUCAUCGAAGAAGGCAUGCAAUCACUCAUUUAGGAUUCAAGACAUUGAAAUGUGCAUUGUGUUACAAGUUUUUCAGUCGACAAGAUUUGGCAACAGGCCAUUUCAAAAAGGAUCAUCCAACUGCUGAAUUCACUCCAUUCGUUGAUACAAUGUCAAACGAAGAUGAACAAAAACUCGUAGUGAUGAUGGGAAUGUGUUUUCCAGAAGAGAUGGGUCCGAGAAAGAGAAAAGAAGGAGAUUCGAAAAAAGAUAGAGGUGACGAAUGA